AUGUCGACAGCACUGUCGUAUCAAUCAGAUGUUACAGCUCUUCAGAUGGACUCUGACUCUGAAGAACUGAGCUUUGACUGUACGCUAGCUGCCGACAGCUACCUCGUCCGGUAUUCUAAAGCAGUUCUCUACAUGGCAUGCCCAGAUCAUGAUGAUCCAGAUGUUUUUGUUCAAAUACGCAAGGCCGACUCCACUGGAAAGGUUCUUCAAAACAUCAACAUUUCCCUUCACCAGCUAGGUUUAGGCGCCGAAGAAGUGGCCCGGAUCAAUACCAACGUGUACGUUGGACCAAUGGGUAUCCUCCGUGCCAGCCGUCGCAAAAUAGAUGUGGAUAGGUCGAAGCCACAUUGGGCCCUCCAUAGCCAUGACGAGGAUGAAAAGAUCCCUCCAGGGACCAUUAUAAAGCUCGAAACUGGCAUCUGGCCGUCUGGUAUAAAGUUUGAAAAAGGAGAGAAGCUGGCGUUUAAAGUGUCUGGCCAUGACAUGAGACUGGCUGAGUUCGAACCACUGCGUAGUAAAUUUGAGACAGGCAACAUAGGUCGCCAUUUUGUGCACAUGGGUGCAGAGUAUCCUAGUUAUAUCCAGGUUCCGUUUGUAAAGGUAUAG